UUGCAUAAGCCACAAUAUAUAAGCAGCAAGGGGUGAGGUGUAAGGUGUGGUGAAUUUUGAUGGAAGUCAAGAGUUUGAACUUAGCGAAUUUAUUACAGUCUUGCAUAACAAACAAAUCUCUAUUACCCGCCAAAAUUGUCCAUGCUCGAAUCUUCCGCUUCAACCUUUUCUCCGACACUUUUCUAUCCAACACCCUCAUAGAACUCUAUUCCAAAUGCAACCUUAUCUCUUUCGCACACCAUGUGUUCGACAAAAUUCCUCACAAAAAUAUCUUUUCAUGGAACGCCAUCUUAGCCGCCUAUUGCAAAUCCAACAAUUUGCAAAACGCGUGUCGUUUAUUCCUUCAAAUGCCCGAAAGAAACACCGUCUCGUUGAACACCAUAAUCACCACCAUGGUUCGAAAUGGGUAUGAAAGACAAGCACUUGAUACCUAUGAUUCAAUGAUGCUACAUGGAUCGAUUAAACCCUCUCAUAUAACAUUUGCUACUGUUUUUAGUGCAUGUGGUGCUUUGUUAGAUUCACAUUGUGGUAGGAGAAAUCAUGGGUUUGUGAUCAAAGUUGGUUUUGAUAAUAAUAUUUAUGUUGUUAAUGCUCUUUUGUCUAUGUAUACUAAGUGUGGCUUAAAUGGGGAUGCAAUUCGUGUUUUUGAGGACAUUCAUGAACCUAAUGAGGUAACUUUUACUACAAUGAUGGGUGGUUUAUCACAAACUAAUCAAGUCAAAGAAGCUUUGGAAUUAUUUAGACUCAUGUUGAGAAAAGGGAUUUGUGUUGAUUCUGUUUCAUUGUCCAGCAUCUUGGGUAUUUGUGCAAAAGGAGUAUCUGGGAAUAGAGAAAUUGGUAUCAGUGAUAAUAGCUGUGGUUUAUCGACUAAUGCGCAAGGGAAACAGAUUCACACUCUCUCGGUUAAACUUGGGUUUGAGAAAGACCUCCAUUUGUGCAAUUCUUUGCUUGAUAUGUAUGCUAAAAGUGGGGACAUGGAUAGUGCUGAAAAGGUUUUUGUUAGUUUUGAUCAGCACAGUGUUGUUUCUUGGAAUAUAAUGAUAUCUGGGUAUGGAAACAGAUGCCACAGUGAGAAAGCUGCUGAGUGUUUUCAGAGGAUGCAGUGUUGUGGAUAUGAACCAGAUGAUGUUACGUAUAUUAAUAUGCUGGCAGCGUGUGUUAAGUCGGGGGAUGUUAAAACUGGGCGUCAGAUAUUCGACUGCAUGCCGUACCCGAGUUUGAUUUCAUGGAAUGCCAUACUUUCGGGGUAUAACCAGAGUGCAGAUCAUGGAGAGGCAGUUGAACUGUUUAGAAAAAUGCAGUUUCAAUGUCAGCAUCCUGAUAGGACCACUCUAGCCAUUAUUCUCAGUUCAUGUGCUGAAUUGGGACUUCUUGAAUCUGGAAAACAGGUUCAUGCAGUUUCUCAAAAGCUUGGAUUUUUUGAUGAUCUGUAUGUUGCAAGUAGCCUUAUUAAUGUGUAUUCAAAAUGUGGGAAAAUGGAGUUGUCUAAAAAUGUAUUCAGUAAACUGUCUGAACUAGAUGUUGUUUGUUGGAACUCAAUGAUAGCAGGGUUCUCAAUCAAUUCUCUUGAACAAGAUGCUUUGGCUUUUUUUAAACGGAUGAGACAAUUCGGCUUUGUACCUUCCGAGUUUUCUUUUUCUACCGCAGCAAGCUCUUGUGCGAAACUUUCCUCCUUGUUUCAAGGACAACAAAUCCAUGCUCAGAUCAUAAAAGAUGGUUAUGUAGAUGAUGUAUUUGUGGGGAGUUCUCUCAUAGAAAUGUAUUGUAAAUGUGGGAAUGUAGGUGCAGCCAGAUGUUAUUUUGAUAUGAUGCCCGGAAAAAAUAUUGUUACUUGGAAUGAGAUGAUACAUGGUUAUGCGCAGAAUGGUUAUGGUCAUGAGGCUGUAUUCCUUUACAAUGACAUGAUUUCGUCCGGUGAAAAACCUGAUGAUAUUACUUUUGUUGCUGUUUUAACCGCUUGUAGCCACUCGGCAUUGGUCGAUGAAGGGGUCGAAAUAUUCAACGCGAUGCUACAAAAAUUUGAAGUGGUGCCAAAGUUGGAUCAUUAUACUUGCAUCAUUGAUUGUCUGAGCCGAGCAGGGAGGUUUCUUGAAGUAGAAGUCAUUCUCGAUACCAUGCCAUAUAAAGAUGAUGCGAUUGUGUGGGAGGUUGUGUUAAGCUCGUGCCGUGUUCAUGCUAACUUGAGCUUAGCGAAAAGAGCAGCUGAGGAACUCUAUCGACUGGACCCGCAAAAUUCUGCGCCUUAUGUGCUUCUUGCCAACAUGUAUUCUUCUAUGGGAAGAUGGGAUGAUGCACAAGUUGUUAGAGAUCUGAUGAGUGAUAACCAGGUACAUAAGGAUCCUGGUUAUAGCCGGAGUGAGUCAUUCUAGAUUAUGGGAGGUUGUGCUAUGAUCAUGCUGUGUUCAUGCUAACUUGAGCUUAGCGAAAAGAGCAGCUGAGGAACUCUAUCGACUGGACCCGUGAAAUUCUGCAUCUUAUGUGCUUCUUGCCAACAUAUAUUCUUCUUUGGGAAGUUUGGAUGAUGCACAAUUUGUUAUAUAUGUGAUGACUGAUAACCAGGUCUAUAAGGAUCUCUAACAGGAAUCUAUGUAGUACCGAUAGUUCUAAUCAAAGCAUUUUGAUAACUAUCAGUGGAAAUCCAACUUAUUGACUGCUUAUUAAACUGGAGUUCCAUAUUAUGACAUCUGGAUGACAUAUUUAAGAUGCAAGGUAGUAUUACCAGGUCAAUUUAGGAAGGCAGAGUUAAUGCAGUAAAAUGCAAAUGGUGAAAAUUUCUCAAUCAGCUAGCUACCGAUAUCAUAGCUUGUGGUGAAAAGUUUGAAAUAGUGCAACAACUUUUGAAGAUUGUGAAGGAAGCUUUAAAUGCAUACAGUUCAGUUCCUCUAUCAAGCACAAGUUAAAGCAGGCGGAAGUGAAACACAACCUCACUUAAAGAUACGAUGAGUUGUAUUUUAGACUUAUUUCGGUUGAGAGCAUAUCUCAAAACUAGAGCCUUGCAAAAAAUAUUCUGAUAGGAGGUCCAAAUUCAUAACUAUAUUUAAAUUCAUUUUAUA